ACCACCACCACCACACCUCUCUGGUCUCCCGCAUGAAGCUGCUCUCCAUUCUUCUGGACACCAGCUGGGUUAUCUCAGCAGACAGGAUCAGUGCCCGGUGAUUGCCAGCAACCUUUUUGGAAAGCCCUUCAUUGAAAAACAGGAUGAGUACAAAUACAAAGGUGUAUCUAAGGAGAUCAGCUUUAGAACCAGACCCUGCAACAAAUGAUGUGGAGAAAGAAAAGAUGGAAGUUGCUUCAGAGCUAGGCAGCCCAACUUGGAAUGAUGAGAACAUGGGAUUUAUUGAAAGAGGUUUUAAAACCAUGCUAAGCAUUCGGAAAUCAAAACGAAAGAACGAGAAAGAACAGGAAGGCACUGGCACCUGGAGAAGAAGACUACUUUCUUUUCAAUUCCCCAAGAGCUCUGAGGAGAACAAAACUGAAAUACUUGAUGGUUUGGAAGAGAUUGUUGAUAAAACAGAAACAGAGCCCACUGAAGGAAAGCCUCUUUCAGUAAUGGAAAUCAAUGAACUUAUUCAGAAAAAGCAACUUCUGGAAGCAUUUGCAAGCAUCAAGUACAUGGAAGAUGAGACGAUAGCAGAACGGGACGCAGACAAAUACAAGGAUAACCCCCAGGAAUUUUUGAGGAAAGCCAAGGAUGUGGAUUUACUUUACAGCUCUAUCACGAGCAUGAUCCAGUCCAUCGUGGUGGGAACACUAGAGAACCACACAGUGGAGGAGUCCACACUGACCUCCCUGGUGACAUUAAUUGCCCGUGAAGAGGCAGCUCAUCCUAAUACAGGCAAUGCUGCUGAUCCUGGGUCAGACUUGCUUGGAGCACCCAGAAAGUGGAGGGAGGAGUGGAGGGAAGCUGUUAAUGAGGGCACUAGAAAAAGAGUUCUGAGCAUACCCAUGGCAUCAAAGGAAGAAGAGAAAGCCUGGCUUGAUCUCCACUUAAGUUUUCUCCAGAAAUACCUGCUCGAAGACUUACUGAAAAUCAAGUCAUCAGUAAAAAAGUGCUACCCAGAGGAGUACCGGGUGUGUGAAGUGUAUGUGGAGGCUUUUCACAAUGCCAUCGCCUCACACUUGCAAGAUCUUUCACAGAGAUCGCUGGAGUUCAGUGAGCUCUACUCCUUGCUUGACUGGGUGGCCAACACCUACCACAGUGAACUCUUUCUUGGUCACUCUGAUCUCAAACCAGAAGUUCAGACAAAAAAUCUGUCCCUGCUGCUAACAACAGCGGACUGGGAUAGACUGAAUGAUGAUUACAUCACUUCUGUAAAGGAUAAAAUCAAGAGCUAUUUUGGAAACAUCCUGAUGCUGGAAGUGACGGAAAAGUGGGAGAAGGAAGUUCCCCCAGAAGUGAAGGAUAACCUGUACCAGUCCUCGCUUUCCUUUGACAUUCAGACGAUCAUCGGGGAGCACAUGAAGUUAUCUGAAGCCAUCAGUAAAAAGCUGAAAACAAAAACUCUUGAGCUGUGCCUGGCUGAGCUGCAUGAAUUCAUACCAAGGUUCGGGGAGGAGUUCCUGGAGUGGAAUGCAGUCCAUGACAGCCCCAUAUUUGCACCCUACUUUGCUGCCUACAUCAACAGCUUCCAUGACCUCUUGUCAGGCUUAGAAACAGUGUUCCAAGUCAACACUGAAGAACUGCAAAAGAUUUUGGCAGCUCUGAUAAAGAACUUCAGAAAUGUGUUUUUAAAUAAAUUAAGAACAAAAACACAGCCACUCCUCAAGAAAAUCCUAACCAAGGACUGGAUUUUGGCAAGAGAAAAGCCAAACUCAUUGGCGGCAGCAGUCUCGCAGUUCUCAGAGCACCUGCAGCACACAAGGCAGCCCCUGGGACAGGAACUUCUAUGCCAUGUUCAUAAGUACGUGGUAAGGGAAUAUAUUGUGCAGAUCAUCAAACCCAAGAAGAAAAUGAAUGGAGAGAAACGGCAGCAAGUGAGCGAAAGGAUAAACCAGGAAGCCAAAAUCCUUAAUAACGCUCUCAUUGAUCAUGGCUCAGACUCCAGCUGGCUCCUUCCUGCUAUAAGUCACAUCGCCAAUAUCAUUGGAGAGAAGAGAAAAGACAGGAUCAAGGAGUACGUCAAGGAACUGACUCAGGAUUACCCGGACAUCAGGAAGGAGCACAUCAUGGCCAUCCUCGCAGUCCGGGGCCUGGGCUUCACCAGCAGAAGGAUGAUUUUUCAGCAAGGCUUUCAUCGUGAACUGCAGAGUUCUGACAACGAGGAUGGCAACACGCUCUUUGCUGAAAUCGAAGUGCCGGCAAUCGUCAACUGCUUCUAAAACACAACCAGCACAGAAGCCAGCAGCCUCCCUCCUCCUAUGCUGCCUCUACAGCAUAAUCAAAAAGCUGCUACCUCUCCUCAACAAACACAACAUUUAACUGCUGUGGGAAAAGGGACCUGGGGAUGCAGAAACUGAAGGCAACAGACACACCAAGCACCUUACCUGCUGCAAGUGCCCCUGGGCACCAGCAUCCACCCCAUGAUCAACAUAUGGGUUUCACUGCUGGGAGGCAUACUUGAUCCAAGGCUGAGUCUGUUUUCAGUAAAGAGAACCAAAAGGAGUAUAUGCAGGGCUAUAUUAAGGCUUGGACUGUGUGGUGUAUAAUUACACAGCAGAAGAGUAACAACCUCCUUCACAAUUAGUGUCCCUGAGCAACCCCAGAGCAGACCUUGGGCAGUGAUGUGGAACUGCCCAGACCUUAUUUUCUCCCUAGUGAACCAGCUGAGCGAGCUGACAUGGUGCAAGGUCAGUGACAUUGCGCUCUGAUACACCUGACUGAGGGAGGUAGCCUGGGAGGGUAACCAAACCCUCUCUUCAGACACACAGUGCACAGACUACUGCCCACCAGGACAAGCCCCACAGCCUUCGUCCCUCUGGUGUUUCAGCAGAGUCUGCAAGUCCUCAUGACCCAGGGGAGAAGGACCACACUUUUGCAUGCUUGGAUGUAUUUUAACCUGGCAUAGUCUGAUUGCUAUAUGAAACUAUAUGUGAGGUAGACAGGAAUGGGAUGAGACCCUCCUCCAGCAUCUAGCAUCAGCAUCACCCCAUUGACUGCUUUAUCUGUGAAGGACCUGAAGUGUUAUGCGCAGCGUCUGUAGGGCAGGCUGAAAGAAACAUUCAGUAACCCACAACUGUACUAAUCUGAUUUUACUUAAUCCAAUUUAUCCUGUAGGUUGUCUCCUGUGGGAAUUAAUCCAAGACUGUGCAGAAACAUGUUUAAGGUCUACCAAUUAAUGUGAUAAACAUGGACAAGGCAUAGCCCUGUACACCAGUUUGUCUGCUGCUUAGAUCUGUGCUGAGCCUCUUCCUUUUCCUGUGCUUCUGUUUUCACCUGAAUAAUUCAGCCUAUGUGACUAGCUGGUGAUAAACCAAGGGGGUGCUCUGAUGGUUAGGAGAUUCAGUGUACCCUUAAUCUGCAAUCAACACAUGAAAAAAUUCUAAGGCAGAUUUACUAACUCAAGGGAGUGUCUGGGCAGAAGGAUGCUAGGAUGCUAUGCUUUCUGAAAUAAGCUGCUUCUAUUCAGCCCUGCUCUGUGAACCAUCCCCUUUUCAUUAGGAGCAUAUUUUGCAUUCUAAUAAAACAGAAGUCUCCUAGGGCUUUUAUUGUGAAACACAUUUCUCUUGUAGAAAGUGCCAAUGAACUCAGUUUAACCCCAUUAACUUCCUCUGCCUGUUGCAACCUGUGCUUUCCACCAUGAGUCUUCAUCCUACCCCAGAGCACAGCUCUGUAUUCAAUGCCAUGGCAAACACAGUUCACUCCUGCCCUGGCUAUGCCCAGUGUGUGUAAAGGCUUCCUUGAAAGUAUCAAAGUAGACAGAAUAGACAAGUUCUGGCCGGGUUUAGCUUUGGGGGGAGAUCUGGCACAUUUCACAGUGCCGCAUGAAUGAUGAGAGAUUUUUGUUUUGGAGCUCUUCACUGUUUUGCAAUUCUGUUUGCUUCCAGUUUGGUGUAAAAAGUAAUGCUUUUAGUCUUCUUGUUCCAGACACCAGAACUGGCAGCCAGGGUGACUCAUGGGCUGCAGUUUGUCAUCCAAGACAGGCUUUGGGGUGCUCAAGUUGUCCUCCCUGGACAAGGCCCUACACUCAACCAGCCUCAGCCAGGCUCCCAGCAAGUAAGAAGGGGAUAAAACAAGACAACGCAGCAAAAGCACAGGAGUCUGCCCCAAGCUGGGGGUCUGAACCAAUUCCCUGACAUAUUCCAGAUGCCCUUUAGUGCAGCAGCAUUCCAGUAUUGAACUCCCUAUAGAGCAGUGCUCUUCAGCAGAGCUCUCCAUUGGGUUAACGUAACAAGGAUAUGGAUUGAGAGGAGGAUUCCAGAAUCACAUCCAUACUAUGCGCUGGGAAAUGUGACCUAACACCACCCAGCAAACACGAAUGGGAAGAAAACAUUAUUAUCUCAAGGGUGGGUAAAAAGUAAAGCUGUAUUUGUUUGUGGUUUAACAUUAGAAAUCGUUGCACAGUUCUCCACAGUGCUCAGUAAACAUGUAUUUUGCAAAUUUCUCCAGGAAAUCUUGUCACAGUGGGAUUCACAGCCACAAAGCCGGUCACUUGGGUUCCCUGUGUGCUGGUGUGGUCACACAGCAAGCACGGGCAGGUACAGCUGUGCUCUGCUUGACCCUGCUCUGAGCUUUCAUCACUUUGAAACAUUUUUAUGUAAUGCUGCUAAAUAUGAC